GUUCAGUGAAAAAAUUCGAUUAAAAAGAAGCAUUUAGAUAAAAAAGUUAUUUAAUCACCAUUUUAACCAUCUUUUAAUUAAUUUAUAUUACCUUAAUUAGUGUUACGAGAAUAAUCAAGUGUCAAAGAUGUUGUAUUUAGAGGAUUACCUUGAAAUGAUUGAGCAAGUUCCUCAGGAACUAAGAGAUAGAUUCACAGAAAUGCGAGAACUGGAUUUGUCUGUUCAAAAUGACACAGAUAAAAUUGAUAAAACAAUUAAAAUGUUUUUCGCUCAAUGCAAACGAGGUGAGUUAAAUGGUUCUCAUGCAGAUACACAAUUUGAUACAAUAAAGAAGGAGUAUGUUAAAGUACUAGAAGAUUCAGAAGAGAAAGUUCAGCUAGCAAACCAAAUUUAUGAUCUCGUUGAGAGAUAUUUGAGACGGUUGGAUACAGAAUUGCUGAAAUUCAAAUGUGAAUUGGAAGCUGACAAUCAAGGAAUAACUGAAAUAUUAGAAAAGCGCUCACUGGAUUUAGAUGGAUCAAUAAAUACACCAAAUCAGAAAGAAAACAGAUACUUUGGUGCGAUUACACAGAAUCGAGCAGUCACAACGACAGUAACAGAUCGUUAUAGACAGAAAAUGGAAAAAAGAAGAGAUAGCGGAAGUUCACAACUUUUAAGCAUGCCACCAGAGAAAAGACAAGCAUUAGGUUCGGGUAUUUCAACGCCUACAAUACGACCGACAACGCCUAAUAUAAGUCAUGUCCUCCAAACAAAUUCAACGCCAUCAAGCUUUACAGGAAAUGCAAUUGUUCAAGCUGCAGUUCAAGCAAUCGAAAAGACACAAGCAAUGCAACAAGGUCGACGAACUGCAAGUUUAAAAGCAUCUUAUGAAGCUAUUCAUGGAAGUGGUGGAAUGAAUACUCAUGAACUUCUUAUGGGACGAGAUCUAACUGGUUCAUCGACAUCCUCAACGCAUGGCUUACAAUCUGUGGACCGUGAAUUAUCAUUCAGUUCAACGCCAUCGAGUAGCAAUCAAAAACGAUAUAAGAAGAAACUCGCACAAGCCAGCAACAUUUCAUCACCUUCGCCACAAACGAAUUUGCUUCAUCAGCUUAAUACUCACAAUAGCAACGAUUCAGAUGAAAUAUCUAAUAGCUAUGUCAAUAAAGAUGGAAUGGUUGUAGAACAGACUGCCGAAGGCGAAUGGACAUACGAUCCAAAUGAGCCACGAUACUGCAUAUGCAAUCAAGUUUCGUAUGGUGAAAUGGUGGCUUGUGAUAAUGCUGAGUGUCCACUAGAGUGGUUUCAUUAUCCAUGUGUGGGAAUUACUACAUCGCCAAAAGGCAAAUGGUAUUGUCCAAUGUGUAGCAAAAAUAGGAAAAAGAAGGCUGUAUCAUAAUUAUGGAAUUAAGACUUAAUAUCUUUAAAAUAAAAUUAAUUUUUUUGCCUGAAAUUUAUAUGAUUUCAUUAAAUCUCAUCAUAAAUAAAGUACAAC